AUGCAAUCAAUCAGCAUGGAUGGAGAAUACUGUGAAUUCUGCCCGCAACCAGAAGUUUCGUACUGGAGACAAGGUCGGGUUGAGGAGCAUCCCCGCUUACCGGUGACCAUACUGACGAGCGAUAGCAAGGCUCAUGCUAAGGAUAUUCGCGAAUGCCUAGCGUGCCGAGAAAAAUUUCGCAAGGCAUUCUUGAUUCCGGAUCUCUGGUGGAAGCGGUAUUGCAGAGAUGCGAACGGCUACUUUGGUUACGAGACAAAUAUUGACGAGGACGGGAAUUCUACAGGACUAAAAUAUGAAUGGUCAAAGCUCAAUGUUUUCACGCGUUGGGUGGCGGAGACUCGUCAAACAAUCCUCAUCGUCUUUGACGCCAGGCGACCAGCGGCAAGUUGCAUGGAGAGGGUACCAGAGAAUGAACUCGACCCCUUAUAUGUCGUUCCUAGUACGGACUUCUUCAUCGACCCCUACUGGAUAUACAUCAGAAUCUUGGAGAAAGUCGUCACUCUGCAAGAUGCCGCUGUGUGGGCUGUUCGUGACACGGUCAGGACUACGGAAAAGACGAGGGAUAAUACCCACGUGCCCGACGCGGCCAUGCCAAAACCUACACCAGACUAUCGUCAUUUGCACGAAACCGCACGACAUGCUAUACACGUUUCUGAGACGUUGGAUCUGGCUGUCAAGGCUGCGAGGAAGAUUUUGCUGCAGCACGAGACAUACAAGGCUGGCCCUGACGACGGGUCCAGGUCUGUUGUUGCUUGGAAAAGGGCUUGGAACCACACGCAUCAGCGGCUGCAGUUCUACGAAGAAAUGCUUAGCAGCCUUCAAGAGCGCUCGGCUUCCAACAAGGCUCGACAUUUUAACGAGAUAUCGCUCGCAUACAACAUGGUUGCCCAAUUCGACUCUGGCAUUUCUGUAGACAUUGGUCGCGCGACGCAGAGAGACAGUGAGGCCAUGAAAACUGUGGCUUUUCUGACGCUGCUCUUCCUGCCAGCAACUUUCGUUUCGGCUGUUUUCAGCACUUCGUUUUUCGACUACGACUCGGGAUCAGGCUUGUGGAGUGUGUCGGACAAGUUCUGGAUAUUCUGGGUUGUGGCUGUUCCAAUAACUGUCACAACAGCUCUUAUGUGGUACUGCCGGCACAAUCUGAGCCCUUCGGGUAGUUGCAAGCUCCUUCGACAGGUGGAUUCUCGAGGAGCAGUCGCAUGCAAGGACAUUGAGUUUGGGGACGGCAAAGCUGUUGCGAGGCUGUGGCAUCAAGCACCAGCGACGUCUUGGAGAUAA